AUGAUUGAGCCAACGGCCCUCGCGGAUUUCAGCCAGCCGGAGUUGUUGCGCAUGGAAUCGACAAACUUCGCCUCCGACGUUGCGCGUGCCGAAUACGGGGACGCGGUGCAUAGUUACUUGUACAAGUAUAAGACGAAGGGUCGACGAACCUUCCUGCAGGAUCAAACUACCGCAAAGACGUGCCUGCCGCGUAUUCUACCAAGGGGCUUUCCCUACGUGGCCAACUUCAUCUCGUUUGAGGAACUUGUGAGGCGUGGGGCGAUUCCGUCAUGCAGCCAGGAUGAAGUGGACUUUUCCGUCAAGGAUCUCCAAAUACUGUACGAGGCAAAGUGUAUGGAUCAGGAAUUAGUGCCCUUAUGGGAACGUGAGAUGCGGUUUAUGGAGCUCAUUAGCGCCAACUGCCGAGGAAAGUUCUUUUGCUUGAAAGAGAGUGGAUUUGGCCCAAUGUGCGCCGAGGCCAUUGCACACAUUUUGUCAAGUAACCAAAAAUACACCAUUCUUGACUUGAGUGGAAAUCGGCUACGCGAUGAAGGCGCCUGCUCCAUUGCAAAACUUAUCAAAGUCAACAGGAACAUUGUCCACGUGGGGCUUCGAUCCAAUGAUAUUGGCCACGUGGGAGGGGUGGCCUUGGCGCAAGCACUUCUUGAAAACAAUACCGUGGUCUCACUUGACUUGGGCGCGCACUCUGGCAUUAAUGGCAACCACAUCGCCACAGAAGGUGCAGAGGCCAUUGGAACCAUGCUUCGUGCGAACAAGGUGCUCUCGCACCUCAAUCUCAGUAGCAACGGUUUGGGGGUGUCUGGUGUCUCAUUCAUUGCUGCAGGCCUCGAUGGAAACCAAAGCCUCAAACGCCUAGACAUUUCUGUUAAUAACUUGGGCUACGCGGGGAUUGAGACGCUGGCGCCCGUCCUGGAAACCACCUGCAUCACCCACCUCUCGCUGCAGCGGAACGCGCUGGGGGACAGUGGUGGGAUGGUUCUCUUUCAAGCGAUUGCGGCGGCCAUUGAAAACGGUGAGGAGCGAAUUGAGUUUCUUAACUUGGAGGCCAAUAACCUCGGGGAGAAGACGGCCAAGGCAAUGCAACGCGUGUUGUCAUCGUCCGCCACUCUAAAGAAGCUGCGGCUCUCUUCCAACAACUUUGGGGGCUCCUCCAAGCACAUUAUGGAGGGCUUGGCGGAAAACAAGUCUCUGCUUUCCAUCACGCUCUCCUUUUGUGGGAUUCGCGAGACGGACGGGGCCGCCAUCGGGGCCGCCCUCGCGGCGAACAGCACACUGCAGAACUUGGACCUCUCAAAUAACAAACUCAAGGAUGCCGGAUCAAAGCGCAUCGCGGAAGCCAUGAAAACGAACGAGGGGCUUCUCUCACUGAAUCUUGCCUGCAACAAGAUAACCGAUGAGGGUGGGGAGGCGAUUGCGCUCUUUUUGGCCAGUAAUCGCACCCUUCGAGAUUUAAAUUUGCGACGCAACUGCAUGUCAAACGUCACAGGCGAACUCUUGGACGAUCAGCUGCGUUGCAACAACACGUUAGAGAAGAUGGACGUCACCUACAAUGAUUUCCGCUAUCAGUCUCUCAUAGGCCAACGUGCAACCCUGGCGCGAAAUGCGGAUAAGAACAAGAGUCUCGUUGUCCCACGACUCAAGGCGGAGAUUGAGGGGCUUUCCUUCAAGGAGCGCGAUUUGUCACAGGCCGAAGACGAAAUUGAAAUGGAACGGCGCAUCAUUAAGGAUCGCAGCGAGCAGUUGUUGCGCCGCAAUGAAGAGGCUCGGGUCACGACUGAGAAGGCGCGGCGGGAAAUUGUGGAUAUUGAAAAGAAUCUGGCUGUCGUACGCGCCCGGCUUGACUCCGCAGAAGAAGUGCUUCGCCGCACAGAGGAGCGAGUGAGCAACGAGAUGUCUGAGAUCUCCGGACGAAAAGCGAACAUGGAGGCACGCAUUCACCAAGAGAAGGAACGCGCGGACCGCGUGCAGCGCGAGAUGGAGCGUAUGCGACGGCAGCUGAAACAGCUGGAGGAAGCAGAGGCGACACGCCUAAAGCCUCUCUUAUUGGAUAUCAGUAUUGCGGAGGCGGAUAGGGACCGCGAGGCGAAGGAAUGUCAGUAUGAGGCCGACAAGGUGGCCGCCCUUGCGCUUCAGCGGAAGGAGUUGGAGAAGAAGCUAGGCCUCAGCCUUCCUGCGGCGGGCAGCGCUGCCGCGCCAAAGGCCAAAAAAAGGAAGUAG